UUUUUUUAUAUAUACUGUAUGAUACAAAAAAGUUUAUAUGAAAUAAAUGUCAUUAAAUAUGUGAUGCUUCAAAAAUAGUACAAAAAAUAUUAAAAAUAAAUAUCUCCUUAAAAUGUAUCCAUGAAAUAUAUAUGGUACUAAAGAAAAUACGACAGAAAAUAGUAAAAAAAAUAAAUAUCUCCUUCAAAUAUUUAUAUAUGAUAAUAAAAAAUACUACAAAAACAUAGUAAAAAUAAGUAUAAUAAAUAUACAUGAUAAUUUUCAAAAAUUAGCUUAUUGUUUGUACUUUUAUGGUCCAUGGUCUCACAUGUUCUUUCCAGAAGGUGACCAAAAAAGCCCCAACCUGAAGCAAGCAAGCUCACAGUAAACAUGCAGGAAGACUUUAUUGUCCUGCUUGUAAAUGGGUUAGCGCCUUUACUGUGACCAUCAAGCGAGGAAUUUGUGCGUGCACGUCUGGCAUCUGGCAUGUUGCUCACCCACCGCUCAUCUGGAUCAUUUGGAAUCCGAGCAGGAGCGAGCAGCUCAUUUCCUUCAUACCUAGAUGCGCUUUGACCCCUGACCCCUGGCCCCUAGCGUUUGACCUCCCGCCAGAAGCAGGCUCGCCGUGAGCGGGGGCGCGGCUCCCUCCUAUUGCGGACCGGCGACCUCUGACCUGCCGUGUCGAGGGAGUUGCAGGAGAGCGAGGCGGAUGACAAUCAACGCUUACCAGGAAGGAAACCUACGUGAGCAUGCUAAUCAAUACACACCUUCAUUGAUUCAUUAAUCCAGGGGUGUCCAAACAUUGUGACACUUGUGACAUUUUGUAGAUAUGCUAAGUAGCUAUAUAUACAGCAUAUAGAUAUCCAGUACAUAUAUAUGUAGCUUUUAGUAUGUUAGCUUUUUUGUUAUUUUCAAAGUUACAAACCUAGAUAGACAUUGUUUUCAUGUUCAGCGUUAACAGCAAGCAUGUUAGCAUUACUAGCAUGUUAAAAUUAACAUACUGUAUUCAGUUUUUAUUGCUAUUUUCAAAAGCAUAAUCUUACAUAGACAGUAGUUUUGUGUUAGGUGUUAUCAUGCUAACAGUUUGCAUGUUAGCAUUGCAAGUAUGCUAACAUUGGCAUGUUAGCAUUUUAGCCAUUUCUUUCAGGUAUUAUCUUACACUGACACUUAGCAUUGUCAUGCUAGGUGUUAGCAUGCUAACUAUAGCGUUUCAGUCCGGCCUCAGCUCGUCAGGGUUGGGGUGCGGGAUUCGACAGCGAGUGCAGCAUUGCAUAUAUAUUUCAUCUCAGCUUUGUCCCUUUAUUCCCAUCAUAUUUUGACACAACUUUAUUUGUUGUUUUGUUUGUUUUUCAUUUUAAAAAACGUCUUUCUUUCAUUUAAAAAACAGCUGUGGGCUGCAAAUGGCCCCCGGGCCACGCUUUGGACACCCCUGUUUGAGCGCAUCCGAAGCGAGGCAACCUCACACGGUGACGACACGCUUCUCUGCUCAUACUCCACGGCCUCACCCUCCGCCCUCUCCCGCCUUUGUUGUUUCAGCUGUGAUCAAGCUAUGUGGCACAUCAGAAGGGGGGGUGUUUGUGUGUGUUUGUUGGGCGGGGCCCUGAAAGACAGUGUGAAGAGCCUCCCUCCGUAGAUUGACUGAAGCAGGACAGAGGAGGCAAGAUGUGACAAACAUGAAGACGACCACACGCAAUGAAGCCAUCACUACUACUUACAGUAGCCCGCGGGUCCACUUUCUGUACAAAAUGACUCCCCAUGGGUGCAAGCCUGGCGUUUGAAGACGAAAUAACGGCGCGGGGUGAUUCGUGUUUUGGUAUCGACGAUGUCUUUGAUGCUGUUGUGUCAACUUCUGGACAGUUUCCUUUUGAACUUUCAUCCAAAAUGAUGGAACUUCGAACUUCUCCCAGCAUGCCAGGAAGUGACGGGACCAUAUCGUAAGUAGCUGCCAUCGGAAUUGUUGGAACAAUGAUGUCUUUGAUGCUGUUGUGGAAAGUUGUGGACAGUGUCCUUAUUAACUUUAAUCCAAACAUUGAACUUUGAUGAAACCGUGUUUAAGUGUCAUUUUGCUUUCUGUCUCCCCAUUCCCCACUCCCCAUCGGCCUAGGAGGUUGUUUUAAAGGUUUUAUCUUCAUAAACGCACUGGAUAACUUUGACCCCGAGGUGACUUUUGAGCUGGGGUGUCCAAACGUUUCCCACCGAGGGCCGGAUACAGAAAAUGAAAGGAUGCGGGGGGCACUUUGAUAUUUAAAUAUAUAUUUUUAUUGUAUAAAAAGGCAAAAAAAAAAAAAAACACUUGUGCAUAUUUAAACCAAAGCUAUGUGUUAUUAGUACAUGUUUAAUUAUUGGUAUCACCAUGUCAGAUUUUUUUUUUUACAUUGUGCCUUUUUGCUCUAGUUUCCCCAGUUUUGCCUUUUUCUUGUGUGUGUUUGUUUCUACAACAUGCUGUGGGUCGCAAAUAGCCCCCACGCCACACUUUGGACACCCUUGCUUAAGCGUGAAAUGAAUGGCUUGUGAAUUAUUAUUAUUAUUAUUAUCAUUUGGUAAACGGAGUCAUAUUAUUUCCUAAAUGGAGGUACAUUUACAUUUAAUUACUACUUACUUAUUUACAGGAAAAUAAUUAAGAAAUUAGGCUGCUACCUCCCAACUUUGUGUAGCUAUACUCUAUUAAGUGCAUUUAUUUUGACUAGAAUAAUAGAAAUAUCAACAUUAAAGGUGAACUUAUUGGACGACACAACACGGAUAGCAUGGCAUUCAAUAAUAAUAACAAACAUGGCCGCCGGUGUCUGAUUGGCAGAAGCCUGCUUCUGAUUCGUUCCUUCCUGUAGCCGGUCUCUGAUUGGCUCCCUUGGAGGAACGAGGCACUGCGAGUGGCCACGCCCAUCCAGUAGCGGUCGGUCCUGGACUGGCUUGGAGGAGGUUGGCGGUGGCCAUUCAUUCUUCUGCGGUCCGCCGGAGGACGUGGAACACACACACAAAAAAGAUUAGGAUCCGGAGGAGGAAAAAGUUCCUAAAAAAGGAGGACAAAAAUCCAGCGACAAGUCGAGAAGAAAGUCAUUCAUCUUGACGGAGACAUCAAGCGUCCUUCCUUACUAUCCAUUCUCCAAGCGCGGCCACUGUGACCCCUGCGCUUUAUUGGCUGUUCUUCCUGGGCGUGGCCAACCCGACACAUCAUCAAUCGGGAUGAUCUGACGCCUGGGCCUCUCUGCUCUAGAGAACAUCCGGUGGUGCGGGACGGCUCUGUCGGGUCUAUCGGGUCUGUCGAGCUUGCUUUUGAAGUUCUGGGGUCCUGACAGGCUUCACUACACAUCUUAAAACAUGUCAAGGCAGCGACUCGUCCUCGCUUGGACUCGGCACAACGACAAGAUCCAUCUCGGCCUUUCCACGUGAGAGGCGUGUCCCGUGCGUGACGUGGCGCCAGCAGGCGGGCUCAGGGGAACGCCGCUUUAAAACGAUGUAGACGGCGAGCGGCGGGCGGAAGACGAGUGCGAAGGACAGCCGAGCUGCGAGAGGAGAGGAGGGCGAGUCGGAGGAGGGAAGAUAAGAGGAGUCCUGGAGCGGGAGGCGAAGCGGAGUUAAAGACAGGACCGGAGCACGACCCCUCCCCCCCCCAGCCGCCGCCAGCAUGUGCCAUGUGAUCGUCACCUGCCGCUCCAUGCUGUGGACUCUGCUGAGCAUCGUGGCCGCCUUCGGGGAGCUCAUCGCCUUCAUGAGCACCGACUGGCUGGUGGGGUACCCGCGCACGCCCGACGCCGUCUUCGGCCACCACGGGACCACGGCGGCCGGGGAGGCCUACCGGCCCACGCUGGGCAUCUACGGCCGCUGCAUCAAGCUGCCCCACCUGCAGCGCGGCGUGCUGUGCGGGCCCUACGCCGUCCACUUCGGGGAGAUCGCCAGCGGGUUCUGGCAGGCCACGUCCAUCUUCCUGGCGACGGGCAUCCUGCUGCUGUGCGCCGUGGCCUUCAUCUCCGUGUUCACCAUGUGCUUCCAGAGCAUCAUGAAGAAGAGCAUCUUCAACGUGUGCGGCCUGCUGCAAGGCAUCGCAGGUCUCUUCCUGAUCCUGGGCCUGAUGCUGUACCCCGCCGGCUGGGGUUCAGACAAAGUCCAGCUUUACUGCGGCCUGGACGCCGCCCCAUACCGGGCGGGCCUGUGCUCCAUGGGCUGGGCCUUCUACACGGCCAUGGGCGGCACGGUGCUCACCUUCGUGUGCGCCGUCUUCUCCGCGCAGGCCGAGAUCGCCACGUCCAGCGAUAAGGUGCAGGAGGAGAUCGAGGAGGGCAAGAGCCUCAUUUGCCUCCUGUGAAGCUCCGACGCCAACGUUGCUGACCACUAAAGACGCCGGGCGGGAGGAAGCUAGCGGAGCCUUGUCAUUGCCGGCCUCCUGCCACCGGGGGGCCACCUUGAGAGGAUCCUGACUUUUGUACAUACAGUAGCUGUGAUGAUUGCCGGCUUUCGUGUCUUCACCGAGGGAACCACCACUCCGCCAAAAUAAAACUACUCACCUCAAGAGUGGACAAAUGGAGCUUCCAGAAUGUAAUGUGUGUGCGUGUGUGUGUGUGUGUGUGUGUGUGAGACCCUUGUAAUGUAUUGCCUGAGAGGACUCUUCAGUCGAACCGCAUCCAAGCAGGUCGAGCAUCAUGAGAGAGGAUGUGUCGCCAUGGCAACCACCACUAAACCCCCCCUCCGUAUCAGGGGCGGGGGGCUUGGGUCAGCAUCAGCAUUCCAAGAAGGACUUGUUUUUCUGCCCUAUGAAGGACGUUUCUCUUGUUGCCUAGCGACCUGCUGUGUUGCCAACAUGAGGUCAGUGCACAAAGACGUGAUGACGUGUGUUUGCUGUUGGUCCGUGUGUGCAAGAAUAAAAGACCAGAAGGGAAA